AUGAAAGAGAGAGACCGACCCACCUCCCAGAUCAUUGAUGGCUUUCGCUUGCCUGGAUAUUUCUCCGAAGUGGUCUAUCGGAGUGGUCUACGCUACCAACCGGAGGAGACCGACAUCGUAUUGGUCACCGUCCCCAAAGCCGGCACUCACUGGAUAUUAGAAAUCGUCAGAGCAUGCUUCCGAGUCGUCAGGGGUGUCAGUGCGGGCUGGAGCUUUCUCGAGAUGCACGGUCUGGACGGCAUCCUCAACGCCGAGAGACCGCGAGUCAUUGUUACUCAUCUGCCCUUCCACUUGACGCCCUUCUCGCCGUCCACAAAGUACAUCUACCUGGCUAGGAACCCUAAAGACUGCUGCGUGUCUUAUUACCAUCACACAAAAAAAUUGCCUGCUUACGGCUUUCAAGAUGGAACAUUUGACGAGUAUUUUGAGCUUUUCAUUGAGGGCCUCACGGACUUUGGCAGCCACUAUGAGAACCUUUUGUCUUGGUACGCCAAGAAAGACGAGCCUAACGUGCUGUUCCUAACGUACGAGUCGAUUCAUGCUGACAUAAAGGAAUCGGUGCUCAAGAUCGCUGGUUUCGUCGAUGACGAACUCGCUAAGGCGCUUGCGGAAGACGAAGCAAAAAUGGCGGCUGUAAUUGACAGUACGAGUGUGACGAAGAUGACGAAGGAUUGGGAUGCGCAAUUCGUGAGGAAAGGCGUCGUUGGAGACUGGAGGAAUCACUUUUCAGAAGAACAGUCCCGGCGGCUAGAGCAAAGGUUCUUCAAAGAAAUGGAGGGUACUUCUGUGCCAAGGCUAUGGGAUAAUGUGGACUGGCUUCUAGACCGGAAAGAAGCUGCUGAGAUGACUGUGUCUGUUUAA